UUUUUUUUCUUUUUUUUUUUUUUUUUAAAGAAGUAUCAGGACUUGGGAAGAGGGUGACAAAGAAGGUUUUUCAAAGAGGCAGUGGAGGAGGUUCUAAUAAAUUUGGAAGGAAACAGUUCCCCGUCUUGGGGAAAAAAGGAGAACUCCUGGCUGAUUAGCAUUCACACCAGACACAGCCUCUCUCUGUUCCCUGCCCCAAUGAACGUCUGCACUAGGUCCAAGGCUUGGAGUAAUUUACCUGAAGAGUGAUACCAUUUGGAAACCACUGAAGAAACCCAAGACAGCUGAAAACCAGAAGGCGUCUGAGGAGAAUGAGAUUACUCAGACGGGUGCAUGCAGCGCCAAGCCGGGCCUUCCCUGCCUGAACCUUGAAGCUGUUCUGUCUCUGAGCCCGGCCCUCAUCACUCACCACAUUCACCAACAAACCUGCACGCACACACAGGGUCAUCUGAUUGUAACAUCAGUUGCAAGGGGAUGACAGAGCGCAUUCAUAGCAUCAACCUUCACAACUUCAGCAAUUCUGUGCUCGAGACCCUCAACGAGCAGCGCAACCGUGGCCACUUCUGUGACGUGACGGUCCGCAUCCACGGGAGCAUGCUACGCGCCCACCGUUGUGUGCUGGCGGCUGGCAGCCCCUUUUUCCAGGAUAAGCUGCUUCUGGGCUACAGCGACAUCGAGAUCCCCUCAGUGGUGUCGGUCCAGUCUGUGCAAAAGCUCAUUGACUUCAUGUACAGCGGGGUGCUGCGGGUCUCACAGUCAGAGGCCCUCCAAAUCCUCACAGCUGCCAGCAUCCUGCAGAUCAAGACUGUGAUUGAUGAGUGCACAAGGAUUGUCUCGCAAAAUGUGGGAGAGGUCUACCCGGUCAUUCAAGAUUCUGGCCAGGAGACACCGAGGGGAACACCCGAAUCAGGCACCUCGGGGCAGAGCACCGACACAGAGUCUGGCUACCUGCAGAGCCAUUCACAGCACAGUGUGGACAGGAUCUAUUCAGCCCUUUAUGCCUGUUCCAUGCAAAAUGGGAGUGGGGAGCGCUCCUUUUACAGUGGAGCUGUGGUCAGCCACCAUGAAACAGCCCUGGGGCUCCCCAGGGACCAUCACAUGGAAGACCCCAGCUGGAUAACCCGGAUCCAUGAACGAUCACAACAGAUGGAGCGAUACCUCUCCACCACUCCAGAGACCACACACUGCCGCAAGCAACCACGGCCUGUCCGAAUUCAAACCCUGAUGGGCAACAUCCAUAUUAAGCAGGAGAUGGAGGAUGACUAUGACUACUAUGGCCAACAGAGGGUGCAGAUCCUUGAGCGCAAUGAGUCUGAGGAAUGCACUGAGGACACUGACCAAGCAGAAGGCACUGAGAGUGAGCCCAAAGGAGAGAGUUUUGACUCGGGGGUCAGUUCCUCCAUUGGCACUGAGCCCGAUUCCAUGGAGCAGCAGUUUAUGUCUGGUCUAGGCCGGGAUGGGCAGCAAGAACCUUCUCAAGCAGAUCAAAAUGACGUCCCUGCUGAUGGCACUCAGCCGCAGCAGCAGCAGCAGCAUGUAGAUGCCAACUCUUCCUCGCCAGAGAGAAGCAAUGACGUUGAAAUGGACAACAAAGUGCUCACAGUCAAUAACAGCACCGAAAAGGGGGCUUUGCAGCCUUCUGUCAACACAACUGUUGCCCAACCAUUGCCAACCACACAGAUCUACUUACGCCAGACAGAAACCCUCACCAGCAAUCUGAGGAUGCCACUGACUCUGACCAGCAACACUCAGGUCAUUGGCACAGCUGGCAACACCUACCUGCCUGCCCUUUUCACCACACAGUCUGCUGGCAGUGGCCCUAAGCCUUUUCUCUUCAGCCUGCCCCAGCCUUUAGCUGGCCAACAGGCACAGUUUGUAACAGUGUCCCAGCCUGGCCUGUCAACCUUUACUGCCCAGCUGCCAGCCCCACAGCCCUUGGCCCCAUCUGCGGGCCACAGCACAGCAGGUGGGCAAGGCGAAAAAAAGCCUUAUGAGUGCACUCUCUGUAACAAGACUUUCACCGCCAAACAGAACUACGUCAAGCACAUGUUUGUACACACAGGUGAGAAACCCCACCAAUGCAGCAUCUGUUGGCGCUCCUUCUCUUUAAAGGAUUACCUAAUCAAACACAUGGUGACACACACUGGCGUGAGGGCGUACCAGUGCAGUAUCUGCAACAAGCGCUUCACCCAGAAGAGCUCCCUUAAUGUGCACAUGCGCCUCCACCGCGGGGAGAAGUCCUACGAGUGCUACAUCUGCAAGAAGAAGUUCUCCCACAAGACCCUGCUGGAGAGGCAUGUGGCUCUGCACAGUGCCACCAACGGCACGCCUGGAGCCACCGGAACCGGCGCAAGGGCUGUCCCUGCCGGGGUGGUGGCCUGCACGGAGGGGACCACGUACGUCUGCUCUGUCUGUCCAGCUAAGUUUGACCAAAUCGAGCAUUUCAACGACCACAUGAGGAUGCAUGUGUCAGACGGAUAAGUAGAAUCUCUCUCUCUCUCUUUGUUAUGAACAAAAAAAAGUAGAAACAACAACAAAAAGCUAUGGCACUAGAAUUUAAGAAAUUAUUUUUGUUUCAUUUUUACCUUUAUUUUCCUCCUUUUUUUUUUUGGGUUCGUUUCGAUUUGUUGUUUUUGUACUACAUGAAGAACUGUUUUUUGCCUGCUGGUACAUUACAUUUCCGGAGGUUGGGAGAGUAAUAAUUUUCCCAGCCUCCCUUGGAUGGUGGCCUUAAGGCCAGGUAGUGCUUCAUGAGCUCCACUGGUUGGAUCUCUAGCUACUGGCCUCUAAAUACAACCCUUCUUUACUACAAAAAAACAAACAAACAAACAAAAAAACACAAAAAAAUCAAAAAACAGACGAAAAAUAAAAAAAAAUAAAUUCUUUUUUCUCACUUGUGAAGAGCACUACAAAAAAAAGAAGCAAAACAAAUAUAUUACAAAUCUACAAGGCCUACUGUCGUUAUAAGUACACCGCUCGCAGUGUUUCAAUGGACAUAAUUCACAAUGCUGACCGCUUUUGGACUUCACAGUAUCCAGUUAGAACUGUGGAAUAUUUUGCUUCUGGUUGAGCAGCAACCAGAGGAAACAAGGCCCUGCUGGUUUCCACCACGUGUCUGCUUUCUCACACACACGCAUCCACAAACACACGAAAGGGCUGAGGGGAGUGCAAGGCAGUGUGGCUUGGAUAGUGUCGAGUCCCUGCAGGGUGAGGAAGAAGAAUCAGAGGUUCCUCACCACGAUUCUGCUCCAUCCCAUGCUGUCUGGCGCACCCUCCCCGCUGCUUUUUCCAUACCACCACCACCACCUUAUAGCAGAAACCAAGAAGAUUCAGACAACGAGCAACGGUGGCUUUUAUGUAAUUUAUUCAGUGUCUUCGCUGAGCCCAGGGCCUCAGCACAAUCAAGAGGGACUUUCACAGAAGGCAAAGAGAAACACAGAGGAAAAUCAAAGAUAUCAGAGGUUGCAACCUAUGGAUCUAGGUACAAGAGAAGGGUUAGUUCCCACAAUCUUUGCAAAAAAAAUACAAAAG